UAUUAUUUAAUUUGACAUUAUUACUAUUAUUAUUAUUAUUAUUAUUAUUAUUAUUAUUAAACAUAUCACACGAGACCAGACGGAGGAGAAGAAUGGGCGAUGAUCCGCAGGAUGUUUCCGACAGGGAAAAGAUCUUCAAGCGUUUUGACGCGAACGGCGACGGGAAAAUCUCGGCGGCGGAGCUGGGGGAGACGCUGAAGACGCUGGGGUCGGUGACGGAGGAAGAGGUGAAGCACAUGAUGGCCGAGAUCGACACCGACGGCGACGGCUUCAUCUCCUUCCAGGAGUUCAAUGAUUUCGCGCGCGCCAAUCGCGGUUUGAUUAAAGACGUCGCUAAAAUUUUUUAGUCGCCAUGCAUGCAUGCAUAUUACGUACCGUACCCUGUUUUUUUUCUUUUAGUCCCGUCGUUUACCAUUCCUAUAUAUGGGAUCUUGGUCUUUCUCUAUAUCUUCUUUUAAGUGGAAGGUUUUUUCUUUUUUAGUUGGCAAUGUAAGACUGCGUUUUUGUUCUUAUUUUAUCUUUACUUCCAAGCUUAAGCACCGCAUGGUGGGAUGAAUAUAUAUAUAUGUGUGUGUGUGUAUGUCCAAACACCUUAUGAAAUCGAUCACUUCAUUAAUGAACAACAUGUGUAUGG